AUGUUCGCUGUCCAAAUCCACUCGAUUAAGGCAACCGGUAAUCAAGUUAAGAGUUUCGACACGUUUCUGAACGUUUAUCUUCAGAACCAGCUUCCAAGGCGGUAUUUUGUGGGGGAUUUUGCGAGCCGGCGUAUUGUUUAUUUUGAGUGUGUAGUAUGUUAUGCUUACACUACCGUUACAUUGACCCUGGAUCGUGGGUGGAUGAGACACCAGGUUUUGGGCGUUUCGAGCAUUUCCCGGUUUGAGAGUGAGGGGGAGGAUCUGGACGGCCCUCCAAAGCACAGGAGCUUGUUUUUCGGGGGCGGCGAUGUGAACAGAGCUUUUGAGUUGAAUUACACUGUGGUUCCAGUGGUGAGUGAGUACCGGUUUGCGUUGAGCGAAGUUGCGUGUUUGAGGCCGUCGUCUCCUUGGAGACAAGAUCGCAUGUGGGCGAAGGUAGAGCACAACCAUUCUCCUCAUAGCGUCAAGCCGGGGUUGACAAAUUGGCACGACCUCGGCCCAUUUGACAAAGGUGGGGUGAGGGACGUGCGUAGUGGCCUUGACAUGGUUUUUCACUCGGUUUCAAACGUAGUGGUGACAUUUUGUGUCAAGGGCUUGUUGUCGGUGACUGUGCUUGGCGCGAUUAAGUUCGUCCCGUUUUUCGAGUUGUACGGGAACCAGCGGGAGGUCGGUGAGCAAGAGGGGAGAGGAACGGGGAAGUGGAUAAAAUGGGAGGAGAGCAGACGGAAUGACCUCAGGGCGGUGAAAUGGGGCGUCGGAGAUACAGUCAGCGCCUUCGAAGGACCUUUUGAGGACGUGGCUUUCGACGCCCUUGAGAGGAAUGCGACAAAAAAAAAAUUUAGGACGAGGGAAGGCGCCGAGUACAGCGUAGCCUUUAGCUUGAUGCGAUCGAGCGUGUUAGACGGCGAAUACUGGAAGAGAGACACGAAUUUUUUUGACUUCUCAGGUGAGGCUGGACUGACUUUGAGUGUUGAAAAAUCGAAAAAAAAUGACGCGUCGCUCGGGUGUUCGGCAACGGACCGCAAGGAGCAGUUGAAAGAGGAGAGUGCGCCGCGCGGUGGCCGUAGGCGGAAAUCAGCCGGGUCCUGCUCGGCUCGUCCGCUCAGAGGCCCUGAAGUUUUCGAAUACACCGAAAAGAAUUACGUGGAGGUUUUGAUAGACGGGGAAGAGACCUUCAGGCGGUACUACGAGACAAUGAUGCGAGCGAAGCACUCUAUCAACAUCUUGGCGUGGGAAAUUCACUUUUCGUUUGGCUUGGUGCUAUUUGAUAGGGAUUUGGCGAUGAGAGACGGACUGCUGGUCAACGAGAGCGGUCAGCUGAGGAACAAGGUGUGGGUGACGCUGAUGGACGUGCUGCUGACCAAGGUGAAGCAGGGCGUUCGGAUCAGAAUUUUGGUGUGGCGCCACGAGUGGCUGUCCAGGUUGAGUCGUCUAGGGGCGUUCGGCAAGUACGUCGUGGAAAAAGAGGUUACCAACCUAGAAAUGGAAUGUAGGAAAUGGAAUGUCAAGCUGAAGAUCUGUCGCCCUGAAUAUCUAGAUUCCGACUUCAGCUGCGCGGACCUGUUUGACACGGACAGCGAACCGAGCUUGGUUGUGGUCUUUGUAGGCAAUCCGAAGGGGUUGAUUUCGUCGCAUCAUGAAAAGCUGGUGUUGAUCGAUCCAGAGUGUUCUGAGCAUAUGGUGGCGUUUACCGGGGGGUUCGAUAUAGCCAACAGGAGGUACGAUUGCGCUCGACACCAGCUGGGUCUGAUUGGAAGAGAGAGGCGAGCGAAUUCGUGGGUGAAAAAGAUAGGCAAAGGAAUUCGUUCGAAAGAAAUGUCGUCAAACGGCGCUUUGUCUCCUCUGAACGACGAUCUUCCUUGGUCCGCGUCUGACCAUCCAUCGCUGGCGCUCCCGUGGCGGCUCCGCUCGCGGGGUCGCACUCUGUGGCACGACUUGCAAGUUCUGGUGAAGGGCGAAGUUACUCGCCACCUGUAUCUGCAUUUUGCACAAAGGUGGUCGCACGCUUUUUCAAAAGACGUGAACAAGACCCGGGAGUUGGCGGUGCCGCCACGCCUAACAACGUGCAGGGCUCAGAAACAGACGGAAUGGCCCUCUGUGCACGCAAACUGCGUGGCAAAGUUGGGGAGAGUGUGGACGAAUGUACUUGAUGGAAACCAUUUGUUCGAGGAUUAUUGUCGAAUGAUCAAAUCGUCGCGAAGGUUUCUGUACGUUGAGCACCAAUAUCCGUUUCAAAACGUCUACUUGACCCAGCUGAUGUGCGAGCAGCUCAAGACGAAUUCGGACCUCCAACUCAUCAUAUUAACGGCUGCCAAAACAGACUUGCCGCGCGGACUAAUCGGCGAUUUGUUUGAUUGGUCUCAAGAUCACAUCGUCCGACACAUAAACCACAUAUAUUCCGUGGCUCCAAAUCGGGUCGGCAUAUACAGCUUAGUCACCCAAAACCCGGACGAUCCUCGGCACCUCGAACCAAUCUACGUACAUAGCAAGCUCUGCAUUAUCGACGACCAAUGGAUGAUAGCGGGCUCGACCAACAUGGACAACCUGUCCUUUUUUUAUUCCUCGGAACUUUCAGUUGAAAUACUGGAUUCGCGCAUUUCCAGAGAGACCCGCAUACGUCUCUUUCGAGAACACCUGGGGCACCUCUAUACCCCGGACUUGGACGAUGACUUCGACGCCUGCUUUUGUACUUUCAAGGACUCAGCGCAACUCAAUUUAGAGGCCAUCAAGAAAAGGGCCGCUCUGACGUCGAGACUGGUCCCCCUGGUUCCAUUGGACGUGUACAAAUUCGUCUCUCGAGAGAUCCGCUCUGUCGGUAGGCUGUCCAAGUUGAUGGAAAGGCUCGAACUCCCUUCGAAUCCUGCUCUCGAGUUCCUCGGUCGCCGAAUUCAGGACGUUGCCUCGUUGCUACUUAGCGCGCCCAAGUUGUAA